UAAAUGUGAGUGAUACACGUUUUUCAAACAAAAUAAAGACCACAGGUUUCUGGGUAAAAAAAUCUUUUGUAAAAACCUUGCGGUAUUGUGAGUUUGUGAUUGGUAUAUCUAGGCAACAGGAAGAGAACAAUGCUUGAAAAACUACGAAAAACCACUGAUUAGUGUGAAAAACGCGUUGUCAUAGUGCGGGCUCAAGAAAGACAAUGGUCAGCAGUGACUUUGCAAAAUUUAAUUUAUGUACGAAAAUUUCAACAAAAAUUUUCAAGUAGAAUACUAGAACUUGAUUGUACUGAGCGUUUAGUAAACAUGUUUCGGCUGUUUGAAGGAUCAAAUUCAAGUGAAUAAAUUCAGAGGCGUCCAAAUUGAUUGUGAGGACAAUCUGGUUUACGCAGACAGAGAAAGCCAGAAAGGUAUAUAUAUAUAUAUUGAUGGUUCGAGUAUUUGAAUGAUGAAUCAAAGUCUCUGGGCAUCGUUCAUGAUUAUCUCUGCCCUGUCUUCAACGUCAUCGCUGACAAUCUCAUUCAAUGAAACAGUGGUGGAAGUGGAAGAAAGGGAUUUCGAUGAAGUGAUUUUGAAUAUCGACAGUAGCUCAUUGACCAAAAGCAGGAUUUCCUUUAGAUGCACGAUACUGAACUCUACAGCUGACUUCCACAAUCCUCAAGUGCAAACUGCAGAAAUCCAGAAGGAUCAGAGAUCGUCUAGAUGUCAAUUUUUUGUCCGUGAUGACUCCAUACCAGAAGGUGAUGAAAAAUUUUACGUCCAACUGAAGAUACUAUCAGGAAAUGCAACGAUUGGUGUUGGAAUGUCUCUCAUCAAGAUUUUAGCUAAUGAUGAUGGUAACGGAGUGUUAGGUUUUGACAUGCCCAACGGUUUACGUGUUCAAGAACCACUUGCGUCUUCUUCAUUUGAUCGAAUGGCGAAAUUACAAAUAAGAAGAAGCGUUGGUGCAUUUGGACAAAUUACAGUCCAGUGGAAUGCCACAUCUUUGACAGCGGCAAACGAUAUUCAUCCUUUGUCUGGUUCAUUGAUUUUCAAAGAUGGAAUCAGUGUUGGCCACGCUGUGUUUUAUGUUCGUCAUGACAUGAAAACAGAAAAGGAUGAGUUUAUUAAUUUUGAAUUGACGUCAGUAUCAGGUGGCGCUCGUUUAAACAUGACUCUUGCAAAGACCACAGUCACAAUUCUAGCGAACGACAUUCCUGUCAGAUUUGCUCUAGGACAUAUAACCAUUCCUGAGAAUCAAACAUACGUUGAGUUGUGGGUGUAUAAAGGUCUGGACCAGAGUGGUACCAAUACGAUAGCAUCUGUCACACGUACCAGUAAUGUAUCGUGGUACCUACAAUCAGGUAGUGCCGUCGCUGGCCAGGACUUUACACACGGUCGGGGAUUAGUGAUGUUUCAUCCUGGGCAGACUAGGGCUAGAAUUAAUGUUACCAUCAUUAAUGACAACGUACCAGAGACAUCAGAAAAUUUUACCGUACGUCUGACCAAUCAGAGCGCAGAUCUAAGUUUAGUAUUCCCAUACGUGUGUACCAUACAGAUACAGAAAAAUGACGACUAUGCAGGUGUAUUUGUGAUAGUGCGUGAUGAUAUGAAAAACCUUACAUUAGAUGAAGAUGGAACAAGAAAUAGUCUUGUGUUGACGAUAUAUAGAAAUGCUGGUACUCAUGGUUUGGUCAACGUUUCAUGGCUGUUGCAUGCCACCGUUGACGAUCUAGCUCAGCAAAUCUCACCUUUAAAUGGUACGGUGACUUUUUUUGAUGGCGAGCGAACAAAGAUGGUGGUCGUUAAUGUAACUGAUGACGUGAUACCUGAAACGGCCUUUUCGUUUAUUUUUGAACUCAAGUCGGUCACCAAUGGAAGAGUUACAAAUGAUCCGUCUUUCAGAUUCGUGAGGGUGAUUGUGAGGGAUAGUGACGAUGUUUAUGGGCUAUUUCAAAUCGCAAACGAUACUUUCCUCAAUAUGACAAAUGUUUCUCGUACAAUUAGCUUCACAAUAUCACGAACGAGGGGUGAAUUUGGUGACGUCUCUGUUGCUUAUCUGAUAACAUAUUAUACAAGUGAUGGCAGAAACGAGACCAGCAACGUUGGCAUUAAAAAUCACGACGUUGUAACUCUUAAGUCGUAUGAACGCAAUGCGUCGUUUACUUUGGUGAUUUCAAAGGACGGAUUUAUUGAAGCCAAUUCUGUAUUUCAGAUAACUUUAACUUCGCUCAAAUUGAUAAAUCCUGACAACUUACUAGUUCAACCAAAGUCCCCUCGUUUGGGCCCACGCUCUACCGUACGCCUUACAGUUCAUGCGCAGUUCGCGGAUGGCGAGAUUGGAUUUAAGUCAACCAUGAUGUCAGUGAAUGAACCGGAGAAUGGUCAGACUAUCAUCACUCUUCCUGUUGUAAGAGAUGGUACACUUCAUAGAGCUUCAUUAUCCUGGAGUAUUAUUGGAGCAGACUCGGGUGAUGACGUAUUACCGACCAGUGGAAGUCUAGUAUUUGAAAAAGGGGAGAAUUUAGUCCAUAUCACUCUUAAUAUUCUUGCCGAUGAUGAACCGGAACUGGACGAAGUUUUCGCAAUUCGCCUUGUCAAUGUUUCCCAGUCGAAUCAGAGAUUACAGGAGAGCUCGUCGGAACUAAUUUUGACCAUAAACAGAAAUGACUUUGCUGAAGGAAUAUUCGAAAUUGCUGCAGUCAAACCUGUGGAGCUUUUUGAAGUUGCUAACAACGAAGUGGAAGUCACUGUUGUUCGGCUUCGUGGUAAUUUGGAUAAACGCUUGGUUAAAAUUCAAGCGUCAGGUGAUUUGGUUCUUUUGCCUAAAGAAGUCAUAAAACUUUUGAAUACCAACGUCUCUUAUCAAUUUUUAGAUACAGCAGAGUUUGAAUCUGGAGAAGGAGUGUUAAUUUUUGAGCCAAACGGUGUUACGCGAAAAACGAAAAUAUUUUAUGUGAAAGAUGACAAUGUCCCAGAGCCAAACAAGACUAUAACAUUUACGCUUUUGCCAUAUGGUCCUCAAAAACAGCAAGGCAUUCUGGGUAAUAUCACACAAGUUAAUGUAACAAUCCUAGCGAAUGACGACGCGAAUGGGAUUAUUGUCUUCGCCAAUACAUCGCUCUAUAUUGUGGAGAGUAAAGGAGAUGACAGGAGAUCAACAAGGUUUGUUCUUGAACGACAGCGUGGUCGUUUUGGUGACAUCAUUGUUUGGUGGAGUAUUACACCGCGUGCAAAUGCAUCUUGGGAUAUUUCUCCGACUUCUGGAAACGUUUCAUUUGGUGACCGUGCAAAAUAUGCGUUCUUUGAAAUCGUUUCCUUACCUGACGAGAUUCCUGAACCUGAUGAAAACUUCACCAUUGCGCUAACAAAAAGUGAAGGUGGUUCGAGACUUGGGAAGCCAAGAGAAGCCCAACUAACUGUCUUGAGGAAUGAUGACGCAAUCCAUUUUGCACCCCCGACUUCAGUUAAGGUCUUGGAGGGUGGAAAUGCUACAUUUAGGGUGAUUCGACUUGGUCGAACAAGUGAAUUAAUCUCAGUGAACUAUACAAUAGUUGACGAUACUGCCAUGGCAAUUGACAAUGAUUAUGACCACAGAAACCGACAGAUUUUUUUUGCCCGAGGCGAGACACAGAAGUACAUAAAGAUAUUCAUUCCUGAUGAUAACCGCCCGGAACCUGAUGAAAAUUUCACUGUCGUGCUUACGUCAUCUACUGGAGAUACGUCCAUUUAUGGCAAUGUGGUGGCUGUGGUGACGAUAUUAGCCAAUGACGAUGCGCAUGGGAUAUUUCAUUUUGAUCCAAGAAAUGAUUUGAAUAAAACUACAAAAGAAGGACAAGACGCAAGAUUCAGGGUGAAAAGAGACCGUGGCUCCUUCGGACGCGUUUCUGUUUUCUGGCAAAUUUACCAAGUAUAUCGUAACGGCUCCCUUCGUGCUUUGAUUUCUGAAGAUUUUGACCAAACCUCGGGGACCCUGGUGUUUGGAGAACGUGAGAAUAGCAAGGAUUUAGUACUAAGUAUAUCAUCUGAUAAUAUGGCCGAGUACGAGGAAUCUUUUGAAGUUGUCUUGGAAAAUGUAACGGGUGGUUCACUCUCGUCACCCCCUCGGCUUUCAUCGAACUACACUCGCGCCUUCAUUAAUAUUCCAACCAAUGACAAUCCUUAUGGACUUUUUGUCUUUGCACCUUCAUCUCGAGACGUGAAAGUUGCUGAAGAUAGGUUACCUGGACGCGAAUUUCAGGCAACUGCUAACCUGACUGUAGCCCGAACGCGCGGACUGGACAGAGAUGUUGGAGUCUCUUGGUGCAUUUAUAAAGCUAAUGGCGUAGCUAAUCUAGGAGAAAUUUGGGAUAUCGUGUUUUUGAGCGACAGCAGAAGAGCAAGAAUUGUGGAUGAUAGUGAAAUAAAGAGACCAAACACUGGGAGUUUUGCAUUGGAAUUUACCCCAAGCAAUGUGCCUGGUUGCGGCCGAAAUCUCACCGGAAUGGUACGAUUCUUUCAAAAGUUCUUCCGUCAGGAGACGUCGCAUUUCGUCUUCUCAAAAACGUUUCUGCAAGUCCAAGAACGGUUCGUGUUAGAGAAACACCCGCCACAUGUAGUAAGUCGAAUCAAAUUGUCUUUAAUAUUGCAGAUACCAUUUCCAAACGGUUCAAACAUCCUUGAUGGUAGCUGGCAUAAUGUAAUGGUCGCGCUCUCCAGUCAAACAAGAAUCUCGUUUUACUAUAAUGGAAGGUCUAUUGGAUCAAGUUCUUUCCAGUUCAGCAGCGCCAUGGGUGACAAGAAAAGUUCUCUCUAUCUUGGAGCAACAAAACCCAAAGUGGAUCAUUAUGAUGGCUUGUUGCAAGACGUGAAAAUCUUCACAAAAUUUCUUCAACAAAGUGAGGUGAGCGUCAUUGCCACUCCCGUGUCUGACAUUCUUCCCAUUAAUGGAUAUCUUUACUACCCACAAAGCAUUGCGUUUCGUUUCAUUAACUUAACGACAGUGGAUAACUCUCGGGCGGAGGAUGAAAGAUCUUAUUCGGUCAUUUUGGUCAGCGGUCUAGGAGGUGCUGAUGUAGACGAUUCAAGCAAAUCUAAAGCUUUUGUUAAAAGCGACAAUGCAAAUGGUCUUUUUAUGUUUGAAACUGGCCAAUCAUUGGCGAGAACGGUAUCUGAAAGCGUUGGGAAUAUGUCAUUUAGAGUUGAAAGAACUCUGGGCUUUCUUGGUACGGUUGAUGUUUCUUGGAGGAUUUUUAAUGAAAACGGAUCUUUUGCUUCAGACGACUUCGUGCAUUCUUCUGGUUUAUUGACGUUUGUUGACAAUGAAAAGGUCAAGGAUCUUACUAUUUCUGUUGUAAACGAUAAUAUGCCUGAAUUACUUGAAAGAUUUCAACUACGUUUAAUUUCGGCCCAGUCAAAUGACGGCAAAGACGAGAGUACAGCAACAAGCGGUGCUAGCGUCAGCUUUAACUUCUUCGUAGCGAACAUAACCAUAACCGAAAACGAUUCCCCCUAUGGCUUGUUGCAGUUUGCCAGCGAAAUGCCAGUCUCUCGGGAAAAUAUAUCAGAGCUAAAUCAUGUAUUCAAAAUGAAUGUGCGCGAAAGUAUUGGGACGUUUAAAUUGUUCAUUGUCAGAGCCCAAGGAAUGUUAGGAAACAUAAGAUGCUCAUGGAAGCUACAACCAUUGACUGCCAUCGCUAAUAGAGAUUACCGUGAUGAUGCGGAUACUUUCUCACUAAACGCAGGAGUUCUGAGCACAAGUAUUGAUCUUACCAUUAUUGAUAAUAAUAAUCCAGAGCUCGACAAGACUUUUCAAGUCGAGCUGUAUGAUCCCAAAAAUGGAGGUAUGGAAAAAAUACUUCGCGUCUUCUUUCUUCGAUUAAACGCCAUGGAAGGUGAAACGAUUCGUCUUGAAUUGCAUAGAUCACGUGGUAGUUUGGGAGAUAUUCUUAUUGGUUGGGAAAUCGAUGACCCCGGAGUCGACUGGUUGAACAGAAGUGGCUUCGUCUCAAUGAAAGAUGGUGACAUUAAGGCAACGUUCGUUAUUGUUCCUAAAAAUGAUAAGAUUCCAGAACUUGAGAGAUGCUAUACUGUGCGACUUGUCAAUGUGACCCGUGGUCGUCUUUCUUCUCGUGGUGUUGUUUCAAACAUAACAAUUGUGGCAAACGACGACCCCUAUGGAGUAUUUGAAUUUGAGCCCAGUGUUCUUGCUGUCAGAGAAGCCACGCGUAAUAUCACUCUGCGUGUUGUGCGACACCAAGGUACUCUGGGUAGUGUGCGUGUAAAUUAUACAAGUCGCAUCAGUCACGUCUGGAGGACUGGAGAUAACAGAGCGUCAGACAAGGAAGAUUUUAUCCACGUUGAUGGCUUUCUUCAGUUUGUGCCCAACCAAACUUUGGAAACUUUUAUGAUACAGAUAUUAGACGAUGUAAAACCAGAGGAGAACGAAACGGUUGUCGUCAAUUUGACGUCAGCACUGCUAUUUACCAAUCAACAUUCAGGAGGAAGGGCUGCUUUUCCUAGAAUUGGCUCUCAGAGGCUAAUGCAUGUUAUCAUCCUUCGUAAUGACAAUGCCAGUGGUACGCUGCAACUUUCCUCCAAUGCCGUUGAUGUGAAAGAAGACACGAAACAAGGAUAUCUGAACAUUGUUCGAAAGGCUGGAUCAUUUGGCGAGAUCAGUGUCGGCAUUGUGGUUACUCCAAUUAGCGCCACUCCUGGUGAAGAUUACGUCAUUAAUGCCACUAGAGUUACUUUAUUAAGUGGUCAACGAACUGCUGCCGUACCAAUAUCUAUCGUCGAUGAUGGUCUACCUGAGUUUGAUGAAACUUUUAGCGUUCGUCUCAUCACCUCCAUUGGUGGUGUGAUCAUUGUUGAUCCUUCACAAUGUUUUGUUACUAUUGAAGAAAAUGAUUACCCUUAUGGAUUAAUAGGGUUUGAUGACUCAUCAUUGAGCCACGUAGUGACCGAACCAUUGAAUGGCAGCAAAAUCGUCAGACUUCUUGUAGUACGAGAAUACGGAACUGUAGGAGUCGUGAGGUUCAAUUGGAACGUCACACUCUUUGGGAUACCUGCUUCAAAUGAAGUACUGGUGACAAAUGACAGCGGGCUCAUACCACCUGGCGAGAAUCAGACGUUUGUGGAUGUCAUAGUUUUGGCUGACAACGUUCCAGAAAUUGAUGAAGUUCUCUCUGUAUCAUUGAGUAUGAAGCAAAGCAAAGCUGAACUUGAUCCUAUGCGUCGUGUGGCGAAUAUAACCAUCCUUGUGAACGACGAAGCCUAUGGUGUAAUAGAAUUCUUAAAAGACAAUUACAUUGCUCACGAAAAUGAUCACAAUACCACGAUUCAUAUACCUGUCGCACGAAAACGUGGCAGACAUGGGGAAGUUAGAGUUUAUUACAGUACUCUGCCCGAUCCUUCUUCAUCGUCCGCUAUAUCCCACAUUGAUUAUAUCCCACGCAUCAAUGCGAGCAUUAAUAUCUCUGAUGAUGUCAACAUGUCAUUGAUUGAUGUCGUCAUUGUGGGUGAUUUGCUUCCCGAGUUCACCAAGUACUUUACCAUCAAGUUGGAGCACGUUGAACUUGUUAAAUCUGGAGUGUCACUCGAUUCGCCACGUAUUGGUCAUCGAUCCAGUACUAAUGUAACCAUCAUUGAUGAUGACCACGUUUAUGGUUUAUUUAAAGUAUUUGGGGAACAAAGCCAAAGUGUCUUGCUCGUAAAUGAAACUGAUAAACUUCCUGUUAGUUUAGUGAUUCAAAGAGAAGGCGGAAGAUCUGGUAGGGUAUCAGUGAAGACAACAAUAUCGCCUUUAAGUACGGCCAUGCAAAAUAAAGAUUACAGAGUCAGCGAAGUGACAUUAACCUUCCAAACUGGAGAGUACGAAAAGUUUCUUACACUGACCAUUUUUGGUGAUGAUAUUCCCGAACUUGAUGAGAGGAUCAUCAUAAAACUUGUUGAUCCCACUGGUGGUGCAGCUAUUGAGCAAGGCACCGGAAACAACGUGACGGUGGUCAUCUUAGCAAAUGAUGUAGUUGCAGGAUAUGUCGGAUUUAGUGAUAUCUCACGCGCAGUCGUUGUCAAAGAGGGUGAGAUCGUUAAUUUGGGCGUCGUUCGAACUUUUUCCAAUGCUGGCAGUGUUUCUGUUGAUUGGCUCAUUCGUGGAAAAAAUGUUUCAAGGGACUUUAAUAUUACAUCUGGAACGGUUAUAUUUCAUGAGGGACAAAAUUCUACAAACAUACAAUUUCAAGUUCUUGCCGACAAAAGCUCUGAAAUUAAGGAGCUGUUUGAAGUGAUAUUAUUCAAUCCACGAACAUCCGGAGUGUCGUUCACUGGAGCUGCGCAGAUCAACAUACACACGUCAUCUGCCACUAUCACUAUAGCAGCCAGUGAUGAGCCUCAUGGCGUGUUUGAAUUUCAGCGUGAUUCACGUGAUAUUACGGUAAAGGAAGGCGAUGGAAUAAGAGUGCUUUCUGUUGAGAGAUUAUUUGGGAAUAUUGGUAAAGUCCGAGUGUUUUACAAAAUUUUCAAUGGCAAUCGUUCUUCUUUAUCUUCAAAUGAAAUGUUUGCUUCUCCUGGUGAAGACGUCUUGUUCAACACAACUUCAAUACUCAUCGAGAAUGGAGUCAGCAUCGGGAGGAUUCCCAUUUUCAUCAACGACGAUGGUUCCGCAGAAUUAGAUGAGUUUUUCAUGGUCAAUUUGACGAACGUUGAGCUUUUUAAUGACACAUCUCAAAAGAGUAUCAACGAAACCUUUAUGCCUCCACGUCUUGGUCGAUACUUGACUUCUCAAGUGAAAAUUCAGGCGAACGAUGGUCCACAGGGAAUAUUAGUGUUUUCACCAUCAAGGAUUAGUUCGCCAGAAAACAUAACUGUGUUUAACGUUACCGUUUGGCGAAAGCAAGGACUAUAUGGUGAUAUCGAAGUGAAUUAUUUCAUUAGAAAGGAAAACAUCGGAGAAGAAGAUUUCCGUGUUUAUGAUAAUCUUCAAAUUGGCGGAGAGGGAACUUUGAAAUUUUUCAAAGGUCAACGAACACAGAAUAUCACAGUUUUUGUUAACGACGACAUUAUUCCCGAAGUGAACGAAACAUUUCAGAUUGUGCUAAAAUCACCCACAGGUGGGGCAUUGUUAGGUAAAGACUCUAUCGCUCACGUGACGAUUCUCGUGAACGACGCUGGUAAUGGAUUGUUUAGGUUCAGUGAUGAAUCUCUUAUGUUGACUGUGGAUGAACCGGGAAGUCGACAUGUUGGUUCAACACGCGCAACUUUUACGUUAGUGCGUGAUAACGGGACAUUGGGGGAUGUUGUGGUGGGUUGGAGGAUUGAUAAUUCCUCUGCCCGUGAUGAUUUUCAAUCAGCCAAUGGCUCGGUAUUGUUCAAAGACGGCGAGACUAGAAAAUCGUUCAUUGUUGAGACUGUAGUUGACACAACACCCGAGAAAAAAGAAAGGUUCUUGAUAGUUUUGUCCAUCUUACAAGGUGGCGGUGAAUUACACUCUCCUAGUGUUGCUUGGUUGGCUGUUACAGAGAACGAUGAACCUUACGGUGAACUGGAGUUUGCCUUCACAUCAAAAACAUUGAAUAUUGAGGAAAGCGUGGGUUUUACUGAAAUAAAGGUUGCCCGUCGCAAAGGGACAUACGACAGGGUGACGGUUGAUUAUCACACCGUUACAAAUAAUGCUAAUGAUUUGAACGGUUCCAUCAUGAAGUUUGCAGUUUUUCAGAGUUUUCGUGGCCUACGAGCACGUUUGUCGCAUUCAUUUUCCGCUUUUGGUCAACAAUACUUGCUCAUCGGCACUGAUGGAAUGAACGGCUCUGGACUUUAUCAAUGGCAAGGUGUUUUCACCCCUAUAACGGACAUUCAAACGGACAAUGUCUCCUGUUUUGAAACAUUUGCUGUUAACGGGAGUGUGUUCAUUGCUGUGGCCAAUUAUGGAACAAAACAGUUCGCAGUCAACUCCAUCAUAUACAAAAUGUUUGAAAAUGGAAGUUUGUCUCUGUAUCAGCGUAUUGCAACGCAGGCUGCUACAAACGUGAAAUUUUUCAGACCUCAAGGAACGAGAGAUGGUUAUCUUGUAAUAGCAAACAUGAUGGAUGAUUUUGGAAACACUGCUAUAGCUUCCAAGGUUUACAAGUGGUCAAAAGGUCAAUUUGUAAAACAUGGAGCUGAUCUUUUAUGUCGAGGUGCCUCGGGCCUUGCCUUGCUUACCAUAAACAACAUGGAUUAUCUCGCAAUCUCAAGUUACUACGACAGCAUCAACAAGGAUCAUCAAAGCAAAUCCGUAAUAUACGAAUGGAGGAAUAAUCAAUUUGAACCGAUGCAUGAAAUAACUACAAACGGAGCCACUGGUGUUGAAUACUUCAUGUAUGGUGCUAACCAUUACCUGCUCUUUGUCAACUCUCGGUCGUCGCCCGUUCUGUACAAGUGGAAUUCAAGAACAUUUGUAUCGAGUGGAAGUUUUCCUACUCACGACACAAAACGUUUGAAGAAGCUGGCUUUCAAUGACGAAGUUUUCCUUGCUGGGACGUUGUCAAAAGGAUGGUUGAAAUUAUUUCAAUGGGAUAAUAAUGCAAUGAAUUUUAAGCUUUUCAAGGUAGUAAAUGACUCUGUAGUCGAGUCUGUUUGUCCAUUCACUAUAAGGGAUCCCAUCAAUGGCAACAUGACUUUGCUGUCUGUGUUUAUCACGGCGAGUAGUGAGUCACGUGUUCUCCAACCGGCCAUGGUGACCAACCAAGCUGAUUUCAUCCCAAAGAAAGGUCAACUUAUAUUCAACGACGAAGAUACUGAAUUGAGCUUUUAUAUCACCAUUGUCAACGACUCCAUCUCAGAACCUGACGAGUCAUUCUCGGUUGUCCUUAGCAACGCUACUGGAGGAUCCGUGAUUGGUCCAAAUGCCAACCUUGAAGUCAAUAUAUUAGCCAAUGGUAACCCUUAUGGCCGUGUUGAGUUUUCAAGUACUUCUGGGUAUAUUGUUGUCAAAGAACCUGCACGUGAUCGGGUAGUGCAUCUGCGAGUGUUACGAAAGUAUGGAACCUACGGGACAAUUGUGGUGGCAUGGAAUUGCGUCAGUAAUACGACAUAUAAUAAUCGUCAUGAUAAUGAUAAUGUACACCCUUUAUCAGGAGAAAUAUUAUUCAUGCCUGGUGAGAACAUGAAAACAAUUAACCUUACGAUCAUUGCCGACAAUAUUCCGGAAGUUAACGACGUAUUUGUAGUGAGCUUGAAUUCUCUAAUAAGAAACGGUUCUGACAUUACCAAUAAUGGGGCAACAAUCAACGCAGCUCGCUCUACUCUUACCGUUAUCAUAUUGGCUAACGAUGAUCCCCAUGGUGUUGUGGGAUGGAUGCGUACCGUCGCUUUAGCGCAGGAAUCCGAGGCGAUAAACAGCACGAUCCAGUUAUUGAUAGAGAGAAAGGGUGGGACGCUCGGGGAUAUAAAGGUGCAUUACGGCACAGUCAAGGCAAACCGCAAUGAUUCCGUCAAUGAAAAACCUGCUGUACCUUGGCAUGAUUAUGUUCCGGUAUCUGAUGAAAUAGUCAUUGCUCAUGGUAUCAACAUGACCAAUAUAAGCCUUCAAGUCAUUCAUGACGAUAAUGCAGAGGUAAACGAAGUGUUUUACGUAAAUAUUACCGCCGUUCAACUGGUUCAUCUCUAUGAUCCCCCCCCUGAAAACUCGCCACGCAUCGAGCCAUCAAGUCAAGUUGUCAAAGUGGUCAUCUCAGAAAACGACAACAGACGAGGUGCUCUCAACUUCAAUAUCUCUCAUCUCAUUGAUCCGUAUUCUGGAAAGAUUGAAAUUGAGGAAAAUAUAGGGCAACUCGUGAUUGAGAUUGUUAGAACAGGGGGUACUUAUGGUGAUGUUGGGUUUGAGUAUCGUGUUGUACCUGUGCGUACUAUGAAUAAUGACGACUUUACACCUUCGAGAGGUGAAGUCAUAUUCCAAACGAAUGAGACUCGUCGCCAUCUUAUUAUUAAUAUUACUGACGAUCGUACGCCUGAGGUUGCAGAAGUUUUCCGCUUAGAAAUGACGCAUCCUAUUGGUGGAGCAAAACUCGGAAAUAGUCGUGAAGUGACGUUUGAAAUACGAGCUAGUGAUCAACCUCACGGAGUGUUUGAGUUUUCUUCCACUAAAAUCGUGUUGGUUGAGGAGGGAGGCGCGGUUCGUCUCACUGUGACCAGGCUGCAAGGUAGUUUGGGAGAAGUUCAUGUGUCGUGGAAUAUAACCACAGAUGCUUAUCCCGAUAUCUAUCCUGUCAAUGGUACCAUAACUUUUGACAAUAACGUAACAAGUCAAUCGAUAUAUUUGCACGCCCGCGAUGAUGACAUUCCUGAAGGAGAUCUUUUGUACGAGUGUUACUUAGUGUCAGCUGAUAAUGGUGGUGUGAUUGGCAGUGACAGGAAUGUGAGGAUACUUAUUGAUGCAAAUGAUGAUGGCUAUGGCGUUAUUGCUGUUGAUCCAUUAACAUCCCUGGUGUAUGUUGGCGAGGCUGAUCACUCCAGUUAUAAUGGACGGAUCAAUUUAAGCAUCAUCCGUAAACGUGGAGCGUACGAUUCUGUUCCAGUGGACUGGAAACUAACGUCGGAUGACUCAAUCACCGGUCAGGCUUCUAGUAAUUUCAACGCCACAAAUGGGACUAUCACAUUUGAGGAUGGUAUCAGAACAAAAAAUAUAACUUUACAAGUCAAACAAGACUCGUUUCCUGAAGAGACAGCGAGUUACACUUUGCGACUGGUUGCAACACGUGAUGCACGUAUAGACCAAUCAGCAUCGACGGCCUCUGUUAUCGUUGUGUCAAGUGAUUACCCCUACGGUGUCAUAGACUUCGAUGGCAAGACACAUUACAACAUUUCUAAUGAGUUUGGUCUUGUGACCUUGAAUGUGGUUCGUAGUCGCGGGCACAUUGGUAAACUGCUGGUCAGUAUCAACGUCAGCUCAAUUGACGCCACAGAAGAUGAGGAUUUUGUGAUAUCACCAAAAGUGAUUACAAUCGAAGACAAGCACAAUUAUGCUUCACUAAAUGUGUCGAUACUGGCUGAUCAUAUUCCAGAGUUAUCCGAAUCAUUUAAGAUUAAUUUAGCUAAGAUCGAUUUGAUCACUUCAAGAAUUACGAACUUUGGUUACGUGAAUGGCCUGCAAGUGGAUAUUCCGCCUCAAAUUGGCCCUCGUAGUAGCGUCGUGUUUACAAUAUUGAAGAACGAUGAUGCUAAUGGUGUUGUUGAGUUCCAAUAUUCUAGGCUUGUCGUCCAUGAGCAUGAUGGGAUUGCGAAUGCAUCUCUCCGGCGUUCAGAGGGCUCAUUCGGAGUUAUUCAUGUACAAUAUUCCGUCAUCAAUAUCACAGCCCAGAACGGAACAGAUUACAUAUCCUUUGAUGGAGAAAUUACCUUCCAGAGUGGCCAGCGGCAUGCAACUCUGCACAUUCAGUUAAAAGAUGAUGCUGUUCCCGAGGAUCGUGAAUCGUUUCGUGUCGACUUGACUUCGGUAAGCGGCGGCGCACGAUUGGGAAAUAAAAGAAGUGUGGAGAUUGUCCUGGAAACUAGUGACAAUCCAAACGGUUUGUUUGGCUUCUUAAACGAGUCACGUCUUGUGUUUCAAAACUCCAAUUCAUCACAAGUUUUGAAACUCGCUGUGAGCCGUAUUGGUGGUGCUCGGAGCUUUUCUCGCGUUCAUAUAACUGUGUCUAAAAUAUUUCCCAGCCUCGGAUUAGUUACAGACGAUAUAAGUCCAGACAUGUGUUACCUCGUUUUUGAAGUCGGUCAGUUUGGUCCAAAAUUCUGUGAACUAAUCAUUUUGCCUUAUUUGGAGAGAAUGGAAGUCGAGGAACAUUUUCUCGUGUCAAUUGCGAGUACCUCGGGCAACGCCUCUAUUGACAGCUUGAAUCAAAAUUGCAGUGUUGUCAUUCGAAAGCAUGGAAUGCCUAAUGGAUUGUUCGGUUUUGCAAGGGAUAGUUCGAAAACCGUCAGUGAGGAUGUAAAAGGACCGGUUUUGCUUACUGUUGUUCGUAGAGAGGGGAGUCAAGGAGCUGUUGAGGUAAAAUGGGAAGUGCAUGGUUCUGAUGGAAAAGAUUUUAAAAUAACCCGUGGGACAUUGGUCUUUCAACCGAAAGAACAACGUAAAGACAUCAGUUUGCAAAUUCAAAAUGACGACGUUCCUGAAGUCAGUGAAAAAUUUACUGUCACAUUGAUCUCUGCGAAUGGAGGCGGAGAUAUUGACUUUCGCGCAAGAAAUGCAACUGUCACAAUAAGAGCAAGCGACUAUCCUCAUGGACGAUUUCGUAUUGCUUCUGGCAGUGAACAGAUUUUAGUUCGCAGUGAUCUCACCCGCAUUUUACAAUUUAUGAUCGAAAGAGUGGAUGGUGUGUUUGGCAAUGUCCGCGUUAACUUUCAAUUGAUCUAUUCACGUAAUUUUCCCGUCUCGCUUGAUGGAUUUGUACUCGUACAAAAUGGUGAAAGAUCCCGAAACCAUGUGGUUGUUCUUGACCAAAAUACAUUCCUACAUCCUUCAUCUUUCUUCACCCUCACUCUGACAAGCGCAGUUUAUCAAGGAUCCGAAGCUGUUGAAAUCCUUCCAACUGUUCUAUCUCUCUUUUCAAUGGUGAACAUUCUCGUACCGGAUGAAGCUGCAAACACAUUGGUCAAAUUCAAAGAUGGUUUCACAACUCUUCAUGUAAACCAAGACAACAAAGUCCCCACGGUCAUUAUCACACGCGAUGGUUUCUAUGGUAACGCGACAGUGAUCAUAGAAAAGGGUUACCCUGGUAAUGAAUUUGCUGGUUUUAUAAAAGGAGAAGUAUCGCCAUCUGUGACUCAACUGACAUUCCAUGGUAACUAUAGAGAACUGUCAUUCCAUAUCCAGGUUUCUCCUGUUCUUGUUCCAAGACAAAGAAUGGUGUAUUCUAUUUAUAUUGCUCGUGUUGUCACUCCAUUGAAUGUUCUUGGUGGUGCUAGGAUCAAUGAAACCGCAAGGACUAGCGUUGUUGAACGUGGUGGUGUCAUUGUUGUUUCCAUGGAGACUCAGAAUAUCUUCGUCAGAGAAAAUAACUCGGCUGUUCUAACCAUCUACAGACUCUUUAGUACUUUGGGAACAGUCCGAAUCUCGUACACUACGCACCAGACCUCCACUGCGUUAUCCAACAGAGAUUAUAUGAAUAUAUCAUCAACGAUAACGAUGGUGGAUGGCGAGUAUCGCAAAGAGAUAAGAGUUGAUAUAAUUGACGAUAAUUUACCUGAACUGCAAGAAUCAUUUGGAGUUCAGUUGACUGGAGUCACUCGAGGGAACGGUCGCCUAGGUAGCAAUACGUCAUCAACCAUUACCAUCAUCGAUGAUGAUAAUCCACACGGAGUUUUAUCGUUUGCCGUUAACACGAUGACUGUGCACGAAGACGUAAAUGUUGUUAACAUUGUUGUAUCACGAACUGGGGGUACGUUUGGGGAUGUCGAUGUACUUGUAAGGACAAUAGGUGGAGGAGAAUCGUGGACAUCUUCAGCAGGAAGAGGUAUCACGGAACUUCUAAGUACACGGAAAUGGUCGAGUGAUGUCGUAAUUGGGAAGGAUUAUUACGUUUUGAGUAGAAGAGUGACUUUUAAGAAUUCAGUCCCAACUCCUCACAAUGGUCAAAAUCAAACAGUUCAACUUCGAAUUAUUAAUGAUAAUGUACCGGAGGCAGACGAAGAAGUAUUUCUUUACCUCUCGGAGCCUAGAGGUGGAGUUGUGCUAGCCGACCCUUCUAUUGGAGGGCAACGAUGGAUUGUCAUAAAGAUUGUGGGCAAUGACCUUUUUAAUGGUAGAAUAUACUUCAUGGAUAAGGUUUUGACAUUAGAUGAAGACACGAAGCCUUCGGGAGAAGUAACGAUCGCCCGCACUAGCGAUUUGGGCAUUGCAAGAGUAAUGUGGGAAGCAAAAGAUUCGGGAAACAACCUCGAAAUCUCUUCGGGAAUAAUUACAUUUUCUACCAACAAAUCCACCUCGUUGCUUCGACUGACACUUAAACAAGAUAACAUUCCCGAGCUGCAGAGUAGUUUUAUUGUCAAUCUUGCGUCUCUAAUCGAAACUCCUGAAGCGGUGAUUGAUCCAAAAGCAAACACACUUGAAGUGAGGGUUAAAGCUAGCGAUGAUCCAAGUGGUUUGGUUUUCUUCAGUUCUGUCUCACGGAAUUUGGCCGUUAAUGCUGACAGUACGUCAGUCACCCUUGACGUCACUCGAGCGCAGGGGACUCAUGGGAGUAUUGCCGUUUCUUACAUCACAACAAUUCUUCUAGAAAGAUAUACUGACAAUGACUUCGUUGUUAAUCGUGCUAUAGAAGGCAAGGAUUAUACCAAAACACAAGGAGUACUAAUGUUUCGACAAGGACAGAGAACGUCCGAUAGUCGAAUUGUGAUCCAGUUAACACCAAGUACUGCCUCGGAUGAAUCGUAUCCUAAAGCUUUCAAUGUUACAUUAUUUAACAUCACUGCUCCUGCUAGGUUGGACAAGGAGAACUCACAAACAAUGGUGAUCAUUUCCAACACAGAGCGAACAACACAAUUCUUAAGGCUGAGAUCCGACUCCCUGAAGAGACCUUUGUCAAAUGACGCAAUAAUCAACAUACUACAUCCACUGCACACGACGCUGACCCAACAGAAAUCUUUAACUUCAAGUCAAGUUACCUUGGCAGCUAAUAUUCUGAACACGAUCCUGGAGGACAUCGAGGAACGAGCUUUGGAGAAGGACAGAAAAAUGACGAGUGAAAUGAGUGAUCUUUUCAUGAAUAUAUUUGAUGCGUUAUUGGAUCCAAAACGAGAUGAUUUUAUGGGGAAAUCAAAUCUUACUCAACCGUUCGUGAAAUAUGCUUUUGCUUUGCUACAUGGUGAAAGUUGUCCUGGCUCGUCGGUUGUAAGGAAGAAUGGUAGAUAUGCUGUUGUUGAAGGAAGAAGACGAGAGAAAAAGAAUGUGAAUAAUUUAGUCAUUAAAUCGAGUCAAUCUCAGAAUACUUUCACUUAUCCAUCCAACAUAUACGAGUCAAUGAACUCCGAUACAUGCGCAGAUGUGCAUUUCAUUGAGUAUUACAACGAUCAGUGGUUCAAGGAUAAAAAGGGAGACAGUAUUCUUAAUAAACGUGUAUUGUCCACCUCAGUCAAAAAUUCCUCGGAAAUGAAUCCAGGAAAAGGCGCUUCCUAUUAUCGAAUAUACACUGGAGAGCGACGGGUAACUCCAAAAGGAGCCGAGUGUUUGAAAUGGCAAAAGAAUAAAUGGGAUAACACUGUUUGUUCUGUGAAAGAAGAAAAAGAUGACUAUGUUGAAUGUCAGUGUGAACAUUUUUCAAACUUUGCUGUUCGCGCUCAAAGUGAUGACAGAGUUGGAUACGAAUUUUACUUUUACGUGGCUGCCUUCAUCUGUAUGAUUUCCUUCUUCCUUGUAAUACUUUCUCAUCACAUUUGCGCAAGAGAAAAUACGUUCUCCGCCAAGUUAUUGAUGCACAUGUUCUUCGCUGGUUUUGCUCUUCAUUUGCUCGUCGUAGUCGCUGCUUAUGUUAGUCCAAACUUGACUAGCAAACUUCAAGAAUGUUCAACAUUAGGAAUUCUAAUACAUUAUUUUUUACUUGCCCAAUUCUGCUGGAUAUUUGUUCAGUGCUGUAAUUUAUGGCGAAUUCUCGUGCUGAAUGAUGAACACACUGAUCGGAAAUUUGUUCUUUACUUCAUGCUCGGAUGGGGUAUUCCUGUAUUGUGUGUCGCUCUUUACGUCAUAAUAACUCGAUCUCUCUAUAAAUGGAAUAUCACAGAAAUUUAUGCGGAUGUUCAUAACAAUGGCGAUAUGUGUUUUAUUUCGAACGGAUACGGAGCGUUGGCUAGUGUCUUGGGUCCAGUCCUCUUCUUUUUACUCGCAGUGGGGGUCGUCAUGACGCAAGCGUAUCAGGUGACCUUGCAAUGGAAGCUAUACGACGAUAUUUUCCGUGGAAAUCACAACAUGCAAGAAGUGUUGCAUUUGUGGAUUAUCUUUUUCACCAUCACGAUGACGUGGCUUUUUGCUGGUCUCCACCUGGCAUAUGGAAAGUUAUGGCUAGCUAUCCUAUUUGCCGCAUUCGAUGGGUUUACUGGAGUAUACGUGUUUGUUGUUUACUUUGUAUUGCGUAACCAGUGUCGCGAGAAAUAUCGAAAUAAAACCUACUUGCUGCAUACCAAUUCCCCUUCAAUACACAAUCCUUCACCGACUGAUUACUAUGCAGAAAGACCAGUAAUGUACGAUACACAGAGUUUGAAUAGUGCUGCAAAAUCAGAACUUCGCCUAUCACCUCCAUCUGGGAAUGAAUGGGAUGGUGAUCAAUUUGAUGGUGCUACACCUAAAGGCAGCAGACGUGGUUACAACGAUUCUCCAUUGGUCGAAGUCAAUCCACUUUAUGACUCUUUCAAUGGCGAGAAGCUAGGAGACGACGAUGACGUCCUGGAAAAUGAAGAAGAAGAAUUAUCGCAAGAUCUUAAUGACCUAGUUCGUGCAUUGAAGACUGGGGAUACCUUCCCCGAUGAGCAUGUAGGGAAUGAUGACGCAGUCGAACUCAAAUAUGAUCCAAUGAAAACGGAUAAAAUGGAGUUGCGGCGUUUAUCCAUUGCCGAUACGCAUGUUUAAGUAAUUUCACAAAACUAGUUUUUUUCAUUUGUAGAGUACAAUUUGUAAUGAUAUAAAUAUAAUAUUAUAAUAUUAAAAUAGAAGCUACGAAGAUAUACAACAACAGCCAGACAAAUUUGUCAUUUUUUGUAAGUUCAACGCUGUAUAAAAUUAUGCAAUAUUUUUCAAUA